AUGGCAAGCAAAGAAGAAGAUGUGCAGAUGAUGUUGGUUUGCAAGACCCACUUGGGCACUCGCAACAUCGACUACCGCAUGAAGCGCUACGUCUUCCGUCGCACCGUGGACGGGAUCCACAUCAUCCAUUUGGGCAAGACGUGGGAGAAGAUCCAGGUCGCGGCUCGCAUUAUUGUGGCCAUUGAGAAUCCUCAGGACAUCAUUGUGGCCUCCCAACGUCCCUACGGCUCCCGAGCGGUCUUGAAGUUCAGCCAGUACACCAGUGCCAAUGCUUUGGCCGGACGUUGGAUGCCAGGAACCCUCACGAACCAGAUCACUCAAAAAUACUUGGAGCCUCGCCUGCUGCUGGUCACCGACCCCCGCACGGAUCAGCAGGCGAUCAAGGAGGCAGCUUAUGCGAGUAUCCCGGUGAUCGCCUUUUGCGACACCGACUCCCCCUUGGAGAACGUGGACGUGGUGAUUCCCGCCAACAACAAGGGGAAGGAGUCCAUCGCUUUGCUCUACUGGCUUUUGGCACGGGAGGUGUUGUACCUCCGUGGCACACUCCCACGGAACCAACCUUGGGAAGUGAUGGUGGACUCCUUCUUUUGGCGAGAUCCAGAGGAGAUCAUGCAACAGGAAGAGCCGGAACAGCAGACCUACGCUCCACAGGACCAAUGGGCGCCGGCGGCCCCCACCAGCUGGGAGGGCGCUGGCAGUGGUGGCAACUGGGACGACAUGACCCACGGUGCUGGGGAUGCAUCCUGGGAUGCUCCUGCAGCAGCUGGAGGCGAUGAUGAUUGGAGCGCCCCUGCAGGGCAAAGCUGGUGA